AUGGAAAGAAAAAGAAUGAUUGGCAAACGUCUCCAGCCAGCAAGACCUGCACGCCACCUUUCUUCGGACACAUCUGUUCCUUUAGUAUCAGCAACUACUUUCAGUUUCCAGGGUCAGUUUUCAAGCAACGCUUCUUUGCAGAAUGAAAUUGGCUGGAUGUGUAAAUCUAAUGGAAAGCAAGUCUUAAAUGAAACUCUGGUGUCUUGUCUGUCAGAGCAACGUAAGCCUGAAGUCCCCAAAGAAAGAAUAACAUAUAGUAGAGAUUUCCUCUUGAAACUUUCAGUGGUUUCACUUGCCCAAAAGAAACCAGAAUUUCUACCUGAUCAUCCAGUUGUACUUGAAAAAGCAAAAAGCUACUUACUACCUACUGCAAGAGAUGAUAAUUUCUUUCUGAAGACGAGUCAUCUGUGUUUUUUGUCACUGAAAUUAAGGGAAUGUGAUCUCUAA